CUCCCGGUUUCUCGUUAAACCACGAGCCUUGCCCUGUGCCCUGCUCCCGCUCCGGGCCUACAACUCCCAGAGAGCCCCGCGGCUCUCACGGCGUAGCGCAAGCGCCUGACCUGGAUAAGGCCCUGCGAUUGGAGGGGCGGGUUUAGCCAAUAGGAUAAAGCAUUGUUGAGUAGUCCAGACUAGCCGGUCAGGGAGGGAGGAAGGAGGCAAGAUGGUGUUGGAAAGCACUAUGGUGUGUGUUGAUAACAGCGAGUAUAUGCGGAAUGGGGAUUUCCUGCCCACCCGGCUACAGGCCCAGCAGGAUGCAGUCAACAUAGUAUGUCACUCCAAGACACGAAGCAACCCCGAGAACAACGUGGGACUCAUCACACUGGCCAAUGACUGUGAAGUACUCACUACACUAACCCCUGACACUGGCCGCAUUUUGUCCAAGCUUCACACAGUUCAACCCAAGGGCAAGAUUACCUUUUGUACUGGCAUUCGAGUUGCCCACUUGGCUCUGAAACACAGACAAGGAAAGAAUCACAAGAUGCGGAUCAUUGCCUUUGUGGGCAGCCCCGUAGAAGACAACGAGAAGGAUCUGGUGAAGCUAGCAAAGCGGCUAAAGAAAGAAAAAGUGAAUGUUGACAUUAUCAACUUUGGGGAGGAGGAGGCAAACACAGACAAACUGACAGCCUUUGUGAACACACUAAAUGGCAAAGAUGGGACCGGUUCGCAUCUGGUAACAGUACCCCCUGGGCCCAGCCUGGCUGAUGCCCUCAUCAGCUCCCCUAUCCUGGCCGGAGAAGGUGGUGCCAUGCUGGGGCUGGGGGCCAGUGACUUCGAGUUUGGGGUGGAUCCCAGCGCCGAUCCUGAACUGGCCCUGGCACUUCGGGUGUCCAUGGAAGAACAGCGACAAAGGCAGGAGGAGGAGGCCAGACGGGCAGCUGCGGCUUCUGCUGCAGAGGCCGGCAUUGCCACAACUGGGACUGAAGGUGGGGAUUCAGAUGACGCCCUGCUGAAGAUGACCAUCAAUCAGCAGGAAUUUGGUCGGAGUGGGCUCCCCGACUUAAGCAGCAUGACUGAAGAGGAGCAGAUUGCAUAUGCCAUGCAGAUGUCUUUGCAGGGAAACGAGUUUGUCCAGGCAGAAUCGGGGGACCUUGAUGCCGGCUCCGCUAUGGACACCUCUGAGCCCGCCAAGGAGGAGGAUGACUAUGACGUGAUGCAAGACCCCGAGUUCCUGCAGAGCGUCCUGGAGAAUCUUCCAGGCGUGGACCCCAACAAUGAGGCCAUCCGAAACGCCAUGGGAUCUCUGGCCUCCCAAGCCACCAAGGAUGGCAAAAAGGAGAAGAAAGAGGAAGAUAAGAAGUGAGGAGGCUGGAAGGGGAGGGGCGCUCAGUCUCCUCCCCAAAAAAAGGCCAAAAAGGGUAUGGGGGGAGUUGUUCACAUAGUGUUUAGGUGAUGGUCUUGUGUAACAGUUACAACUGAAAUAAAAUUUGGUGAUUUUUUUUUUUCCUUAAAA